AUGCGCUUUUGCUCUAAAUCUCGGGAACGACUAGAUACCGGCACAAUCUUCCUAAAAACAAACAUCCAAUUCUCACUAUCCGUGACUAAUGCAUUAUUGGCCAGUUAUUCCCUCGGGUUCAUACUUUCCAACAAGCGAGAUGCAAGCAAGAUGUAUAACGGGAUUAAUCAAAGGCGAAGUAAAAGUUUACCAUCAAAUGAAGAAAUGGAAAAAGCAAUGUCCUCACGUACCAACUCUCCACGCAGAGAAACUCAAAAUAUCCUUGGAUCUUAG